AUUUCAUUCGGCACUUGGAAAACGAGAAAAAAAUAAAAACAUUAAAUUUUAAUCAAUUUGCAGAGCAAAGUAGACAUUAAAAAUUGGUCAAAAUGUUCGCCUUACUUGGUCGAACCAUCUCACAGAUCAAACCAGUGCAGUCAUGUCGGGUAAUUAGCACCACAGUCGUGAAUCCUGCUUCUCGCAAAGGUACUCGCGAAAAGGCACGACUGAAAAAGGUUAAGAAAGAAGUCGUCAAAGUUGGAUUCAUUCCUCACAAUCAACGGGAAACAAUGAAAUUAAACGUUUUUCGACCCAACAAACAUCAAGACGACUCAAAGAGACCUGAAUCCCCAGACAACGUUUACAUCGGAAAAUAUUACCGUCGACCCACAUAUUCGUUCGCUGAAGCUGUGCAAUGUCAUCGCGAAACGAUGCAUCCCACAAUGUUCGGAUAUCCCGACGCCCCGUUACUCGUACAUAUCGAACUUUUCAUGCAAGGCAUCAAAAAGACCCGAUUUGUCGAUAAUUUCGCCCGUAACGCCUAUAUCCCCCACAAAUACGAUCACGGCGAGGAACGAAAUGUCCUGGUCUUCGCCAAAGGUCAAGAAUUCGUGCAAGAAGCACAAAAAGCGGGUGCUACCCUAGCAGGCGGGCCCGAAUUAGUCCGUGACAUCCAAAAUGGCAAAUUAAAGCUCGAAGAUUACGAAUAUGUGCUCGCGCAUCCGAACAUUUUGGCGGAUUUGGUGCCAUUACGAGGCCUUUUGAAGAAAUUAAAGUUCCCAAAUAUCAAGCAGGGCACUUUGAGUCCCGAUAUCACCGAAAUGGUGGAACGAUUUCUCAACGGAAUCAAAUAUACGGCGAAGAAAGAUGAGUUUCAGAAGGAUUUCGGACUUGUUGAAACGUGCAUCGGCCCACUUAGCAUGCCCACGGAGCAUUUAGAACAGAAUUUGGUGAGUUUAUUGAAGGAUAUUGAGACGAUGCGACCAAAGCGCGACGGGAAAUUUAUCACGAGAAUCCUUCUAAAGUGCCCACCGUCCAAGGAACAGCUGAAAAUCGACCCCUUCCAGUAUGUCAGCGAAACGUAUGUGAAAGGCAGUGAUACUGCGGCGGCCGAUGACGACGACGACGAAGCUGAGGACAAACAAGAAGCCAGCAAUUAAUCGUAAUUUUUUUUAAGUUUUUUUAGUCAUUAAUAAGUAAAUUUCGAUUAAAUUCUAAUAAAAAAAUU